AUGACCUCGCCAGGAAGCCCAACAUCGGAUUUCAAGCCGCUUCCUGGUGAAUGGACCAGGUGGUGUAUCAAGUGCAAUGGUUAUAAGCCCGAAAGAACUCAUCAUUGUAGACAGUGUAAGAAAUGUGUCUUGAAGAUGGACCACCAUUGUCCUUGGACUUAUAACUGCGUGGGUCAUGCCAAUAUGCCUCACUUUGUGAGGUUCCUAGCUUGGGUGCUCAUAUCGGCUAGUUACGCAUUCUAUCAUGUAUGGGCUAGAGGCUUCUUUUUGUACUCUAAGCGGCAUCUUCCUCUAUCAACUUAUGAUGUGACUAAAACCGAGAUUGCAUUUACUAUUGUAUUGAUCCCAGUGGUUUCAUUUGUCUUGUUCUCAGUUGGCUUGCUGUCCAUCCGUGUCGCAUGGAACAUGGUCGAGGGUCAGACUCAAAUUGAAACAUGGGAGGUCGAACGUAUUGAAACUCUCGUUCGCAGAAAACUGGUGCAAAAUGUCGAAUUUCCGUAUGAUUUAGAUCCGUGGACUAAUGUAGCUAAUGCCAUGGGCGGUAAUAAUCCGCUGGCAUGGAUGUGGCCGUUUGGUGGGCCUGUUGGUGAUGGUAUGCAUUUUGAGAAAAAUGAGGCCGCUGAUGACGGCUCUGUUUGGCCACCUGACCAUCGAGACCAGGGUCCUCCUCGUUCUGGGUCUGCUGGAGCGUCAUCCUCGCCGUCCGGGGAUAUCGGUAUAAGGACAGCGGCUCCACGAGGACACUAUCCCAGAACACUGGGGUACAUGCGCCACCGUGGUAAUGGUGAGUAUGCCGAAGACGAUGGAGACGAUGGCUAUGACAGUGAUUCCGAAGACGAAGAAGUCGAACGUCUUCCUGAAGAGAACGAUUUUUACAAGCGCGAUCAGUGGAUGAACUUUGAGGGCGAGUCCAUCGCCGAUUUCGGUGUCGACGUCGAUACUGAGAGCUAG